UGUGUGUGGUGGUGUGUGUUUGCGUGCCUCUGCUGCUGUGUUUGCCGUGUUUGCCGGUGGUUCGGCGAGGAGAAACACCUCUGGCGCUCUUCAUCUGGUCCAUGCUCCUCAUCAUCGCCUUCGUCUUCAUCUUCACCGGAGGCGUCGUCACGGCCUGGGAGCAGGUCGCGUUCUUCCUCUUCCUGUCGCUGUCUGUUUAUACAGUUCUUCCUCUCCCGCUCUCAUGGGCUCUGAGCUUCGGCAUCGGAACCAGUGUUUCUCACAUUGUUGUCAUCAGUGUGUAUGUGUCUGUAACCAGCCCUCAGACACAAGACCUGGCCGUGCAGCUGGUGGCGAACGCAGUGCUGUUCGUGUGUGUUAAUGCCGUGGGUGUGUUUCACCUGUGGCACACUGAACACGCUCACAGGAAGUCCAGCAAGAAACGGGAAGAUUUCAGCAGAAACCGCGCCACACAAGCCAAACAGAAACGUGACCAGGAGCAUCUCCUGCUGUCUGUGCUGCCGCGAUACAUCGCCAUGGAGCUGAAGACGGAAAUCGUCAAACGUCUGUCUGCGAAAUGCAGCGCCGAAGAGAACCGACCAAACUUCCACAGUCUCUACAUCCGACAGCACAAAGACAUCAGUAUCCUGUACGCUGAUAUCGUGGGCUUCACACACCUGUCCAGCACCUGCACACCUGAGGAGCUCGUUGCCGUCCUCAACAAACUCUUCGGCAGGUUUGACGACAUCGCCAAGAAGAACGGCUGUUUGCGCAUUAAAAUCCUGGGCGACUGUUAUUACUGCGUGUCGGGUCUUCCUGAUCCGAUCUCUCAUCACGCUCGCAACUGCGUUCAGAUGGGUCUGGACAUGUGCACGGCCAUAAAUAAGCUGAGGGAGGCGACGGACGUGAACAUCAACAUGCGUGUUGGCGUGCACACGGGUAAUGUCCUGUCCGGCGUGAUCGGCCUUCAGAAGUGGCAGUACGACGUCUGGUCAGAUGACGUGACUCUAGCCAAUCACAUGGAGUCUGGAGGAGUGCCUGGGAGAGUCCACAUUACAGAGGACACGCUCGCUCACCUGGACGGGAAAUAUCAGGUGGAGGAAGGAAAUGGCGGGAGUCGCAAUUCCACACUGAAGGAAAAGAGAACGUUCCUGGUCAUCGAUCCUAAUGCAGAAAACUCCAACACGACACCUGAGACUCAUGAGCUGAAGGUGGACAACAAUCCUGUGAACCGUCAGAAGCUCCGCGCGUCGGUUCGGAUGUCGCAGUACCUGCAGUCCUGGAAAACCGUCAAACCGUUUUCUGGACUCAACCAACCAGAGGCUUCGCUCGCAGCCCCGCCCACUUCUGACAGCAUCAGCCAACCACAGCCGGCCACAGUGCUCACAGAGUUCAACACUCCAAGAUCUUCACAAGUUCUGGAAAACGGACUGAUAGACUCAUUAGACUCUCUGAGAAAUGAAGGGAAACGAGCGAAGCUGAACAGUGUGACGUUAUUUUUUAAUCAUUUUCAGCUGGAGAAACAGUAUUCGUUAAGUGAAGUCCAGGGGCUUCAUCGCUCUGUCAUAUGUUUGGCCUUCAUCUUCAUCUCUGUGUUUGUGGUUCAGAUGCUGACCUCGCAAAGAAAUUUUGCGUUGGCGGUGUCGUACGGUGCCACUUUCCCUGUCCAAAUACUGAUUGUGCUUGUGGUCUUCACUAAGUUCCUGAAGCGCUGGCACUCUAAGUUUCCCCGCAGCAUCCGCUGGGUCUCGACGCUGUUUGACGGUGUGGCCACCAGGGCGGCGCUGCGGCUGCUGCUGGUGUUUCUCUGUCUGCUCAUCACGCUGCUCAUGGCAGUGCUGAACAUAGUUUUUAUCCCAGGCGAUAACUGUUUAAAUGUUUCCCACAAUGCAACAGUACUGAACACUCUCAAUCUCUACACUGUCCCGUAUUAUCUGUACUGCUGUCUGCUGGCGAUGUUGGGCGUGAUUGUGUUUGUGCGUGUGAGCGUGUCUGUUAAAGUCUUCCUCCUGACCCUCGCUGUGGUGGUUUAUCUCGCACUCUUCCUGCACGUUUACGCACCGCGCUCCGACUGCUACAUGAAACAACUCUACAGCGGCAACAGCACGCCAGGAGUUCUUAAGGAGCCCAAGAUCAUGUCUGGCAUUUGGCUGGUCAUUUUCUACUUGAUUUCCCUUAUUCUUGUGCGACAGGACGAGUUGGGCUCUCGGACGGAGUUCCUGCUGGAGAAGUGCUUUAAUAAAGAGACGGAGGAAAUGGAGACGACCAAGAACGUCAACAGACUGCUGCUGCAGAACCUUCUGCCGGAGCACGUCACAGACUUCUUCAUCGGCAAAGACAUCCAGAACCAGGACUUGUACAGUAAGUCGUGCGAGUGUGUUUGCGUGAUGUUCGCGUCCGUGCCGCAUUUCUUCAAGGAGUUUUACAACGAGAGCAGCGUCAACAACGACGGCCUGGAGUGCCUUCGCUUCCUCAACGAGAUCAUUUCAGACUUUGACGAGCUCCUCAACAAGCCCAAGUUCAGCGCCGUGGAAAAGAUCAAGACCAUCAGCAGCACCUACAUGGCGGUGGCUGGACUGACCAAACCUGCCAAAACAGAGGAGAGACGGACGUGCGACAUGAGCUACAGUCACAUCCGCAGCAUGCUGGACUUCGCCAUCGCUCUGAUGGGGAGACUGGAGAACAUCAACAUGCACUCGUUCAACAGCUUCCAACUGAGGAUCGGGAUAAAUCACGGUCCUCUGAUCGCAGGCGUCAUCGGCGCUCAUAAACCUCAGUAUGACAUCUGGGGAAACACGGUUAAUGUGGCCAGCCGGAUGGACAGCACUGGAGUCCUGGAUAAAAUACAGGUGACAGAGGAGACGGCGCAGGUGGCUCAAAGGCUAGGCUUCGGCGUAACUCUGAGAGGAGCGAUCCACGUGAAGGGCAAAGGACAGCUGAGCACGUACUUCAUCAACACCGAGCACUCAGUGCAGUGACCACAGCAUCAGAGACCAGACCAGACUGACACGGUGUGAUGAGUGUUUCACUGAGGUCCUCUGCGGCAUCAGCCUGAUAGCGCUGGCGCUACAAGAACUCAACUACUUAGCACUUAGAUUUAACCAAUUCUAGUACUUCUAAAAAUGAAGGAAGAGGUUUUUAAUUUGUGAAGUUAAUCUGUUUUUUUUUUUUAAACAAUGCAAAGUUGGCAGGUUUUCUAAAGUCUUUAGUUUUAUAUUGGAUUUCUUGUAUUUUCCUUAACUUGCGCACUUAUUUAUUAAUGGUUAUUAAUGUGUAUUUAAUAUUUUGUAUGUUUCAUGUGAAAAGUAAAAGUGUAUAAUAUUAUGUAUAAAAAUGU